AUGAUGGAAGAGCCAGAAGACUUUUACAUCGCCUACGAUGCCUUUUGCGUGCUGUCGCCGGCGCGCCGAGAGGGCCUGAUAGGCAUCUACCGCCCGAUGCUCUGGAACAUCAAGUCCGAUGAUCGAUCCAACAUCUUCCACAGGCUCGUUAAGCCGUCGUACCUACCACAGCAGCAGAAGAAGAAGACAACAAAACGCCGCAACAAGCCCGCCACCCCCUUGUCGCGCUUAGAGUCUCUGCCAUAUGACAUUCUCAGUAUAAUCAUCGACCAAAUAGUGAACUUUGAAGACGUCAUGACUCUUGGGAGCACCUCACGGUUCUUCGCGCAGCUCAUGUACGACAAGUAUACCGGGCCAUCGACAGUCGGAACAUGGGCCGAUCAGCCGAUCGUCUCGUCGCUCGGUGAUUUCCAAGACCAAGCCGAGCGUGAAUCGUCCAACAUGUACUUUGCUGGGCUUCCCGAUAUUGAAGCGGUCUGUGAGUGGCACGAUUUACCUCCGUCUGCUUGGCACAUGUCCAUGUACGAAACAAGCCAGUUGGCAGGCGACGCGCGCCACCUGCUCACGCGAUAUCCCUGGGGCACUGAGCUCGCCGAGUCGCUGGAUCUGCCGCGCGUGAAGCGUAUAUCCCGGUUUGAGCGGAUGCUCUAUCAAUCACAGAUACCGGAACUGGAGAAGCGCGCGGGUACGGACUGGCUGCUGCGGAAUCAGACAAAGAAGGUGUACUUGCGACUGAAAAUGCUGCAGCGGUGGAACUGGGAGCCAGCCCCGCGGGUUUAUGUCGAUGGAGAAAAGUCGAAGCCGCCGUUUGAUCUGACGCUUAUCUUCCUGACGCAUUCUGGGACACCGGGGGGUCCUGGCGGCUCUGUGGUAGUAGGCAGAUGGAGGGGCGAUAGUUUUGAUGUUGUGCCAAGCACAAAGGAGCGUCUUGCUGAGAUGACGGCGGACGGGUGGGAGGACGCAACAGACAGGACGAUUGCUGAGGAAUAUGAUGCGCUGUCGAUUCCGCACGAGUACGGAAUCAUCUGGGACGACGAGGACCACGGGCAGGGCCUAUAUCACCGUGAUAUACGGAUAGCGGCGCGUCUACAGCGUGCGGAUGACCGACUGCGCAAGCACCCACGGAUACAGAGGGCCGUCAAGGGCACGCUGCGCUGGAUAGAGACGUCGCGGGUGACAAAGGCCGUGGGAGUAGUCGAAUCGGCGUUUUUGAUUGUUACAUCUCGCUUGCUUACUUCCGCCAUGGCCAUGCAGAGGAUUCGCGCAAGCCUCCCGUCAUGGGACACCACCAAGAAGACCAGCAAAAAGGGCUUCGAUAAAGUCUGGGAGGGCGUCGACAAGCUCGGUGCGCCCGUCAACAAGCUGACCAACAAGAUUGGCAGCGAGGCCUUUUGGCCGACGACGCUGGACAAGGAGAGUGACAAGGCGGCGCGCAUUCUCAAGUCAUUUUGCAAGGACGGAUUCUACGCAGACGACACUACCGACACACCGAAAGACGGCCCCAAGCAGCAGCAGCGCGUCAUCAAAAAGAUUCCCCAAAAAGUCAUUGAAAAUGCCGUGGGCCUCGCCAUCUUCACCACCAUGCGCGCAGGCCUCUGGAUGUCUGGCGCUGGCGGCUCAGGCGUGCUCGUCGCGCGCACGGAAGACGGCUCAUGGUCGCCGCCAUCCGGUAUCAUGCUGCACACGGCCGGACUCGGCUUUCUCGUCGGCAUCGAUAUUUACGACUGCGUGCUCGUCAUCAACAACCGCAAGGCGCUCGAGUCGUUUACUAAGGUGCGCGCGACAGUGGGCGGCGAGAUUAGCGCCGUAGCUGGGCCCGUGGGCGUCGGUGGCAUCCUAGAGAAUGACGGUAAAUGGAAAGAGGCGAACCGGCCGGUGUUUACGUAUCUCAAGUCGCGGGGCUUCUAUGCGGGCGUCCAGGUCGACGGCACUAUUGUGAUUGAGCGGUCUGACGAGAAUGAAAAGUUUUACGGAGAGAAGAUUAGCGCGACGGAUAUUUUGGCAGGUAAAGUGAAGAAUCCACCUACUGCGUCGUAUCGCCGCUUGACGGAGACGCUGAAAGCGGCUGAAGGGAGCAGUGAUGUUGAUGAGGGUAUUCUCAGGGAGCUGGAUACUGAGGGGACAGUGGAUGAUAGGCUGUUUGGCGUGCCGGAGGCGACAGAUCCUGAUCCGUAUGGGUUUCUGGCGCUGGAGAAGGAAGGACUACAUAUUACAGACGCGGGGACACAUAAGCGCGGUGCGAGCCACGAUUUCGAGUUUCAUCCGAGCCCAAAGAGUCCCGUGUACGACAAGUUCCACGGCUUUAUGAGCGUGGAUGGCCGCCGGACCAGCGGGGUCUCUAGUUCGAGCUCAGCAAGACACUCAACAAACUAUGUGGCGGCAGAUGCUGGUACUCAAACUGGUGACGAUUUGGGUCUGUCUAAGCAACAGUCUCCAACGGGUGAGGUACACGGCGGUAUUACGUACUUUGGGCCCCAGCCGCAUGAAGAGGAGCAGAAGCCUACAGUUGAUGCGAAUGGUGGCGCAGAUGCAGUGAAAACCAAUGGGAGAAAUCUCACCGAACGAAAGGAAGAUAGCGAAUCGAUACCGAGACAGGUGCCUGACGAAACGGACGAGCUUGUUGAAGGUAUAAACGCAGUCUCUCUACCAGAGGAGUCAGAAGUUGAAGGCGUUAAAGACGGCGUUACAACAAAGGAGAAAGAAAGUACGAAAAAUAUAGAAAUAUAG